AUGAAAUUCGCCGCCUGCCCACCAGACACGCCGGGAUGCUUGACCAAGUAUUUCAAGAUCCCCGCCGACUUCUGUUACAAGCUUCCGCCAGGGGUGAGUCUGCAGGAGGGCGUCCUUGCGGAGCCUCUUGCUGUGGCAGCCCAUGCUGUGCGAAUGAUUGGGGUCAAACCAGGUCAGAGCUUGGUCAUCUUCGGCGCGGGCACGAUUGGCCUUGUUUGUGGUGCCGUAGCCCGACUGUUUGGAGCAAAGAAGAUUGUGGCAGUCGACCUGUUGGACCACAAGUUGGAAUUUGCAAGGAACCUCAACGCGUCCAAUACCUUCAAGCCCGAUUUAUCUGCUUCGCCCGAAAAGAACGCCGCGCGGCUGAUUGAGAAAAACGGGUUGGGACUCGGUGCAGAUGCUGUGAUCGAGGCCACAGGGGCCGAGAGCUCCAUCGUUACAGCCGUGCAUGUUCUGCGUCCGGGAGGAUCUUGUGUGCAGACAGGCCUGGGGAAGGCCGUCGUCAACUUCCCCAUUCUAGCCAUGAGCGAAAAGGAAUUGCAUAUGCACGGGGCCUUCCGAUACAACCAAGGGGAUUUCAAAGUCGCCAUGGACGUACUUGAAGCUGGCAAGCUGCCUCUCAAAAGCCUCAUCUCCACCAUUUUCGAUUUCGAGCAAACCACAGACGCAUGGGAGGCAACCAAGCAAGGACGGGGUAUCAAGAAUAUGAUUCGAGGCUAUGGAUAUAAAGAUCCCGCCAGAAUUAGCCACUUAUAA